UCGUGCUUCUCUCCUUCCUACUGCGCCAGCGGGUCGCCGGGCGGGGAGAGCCAGAGAGAGUCUGUGCGUCUUUGGCGUGUUUGUAAAGCACUAGAAGACGUCGCGUUUUCAAAAGCUACAGCGCUUUUGCGCGUUUUGAUGGUUUACCUCGGCUACGGUGAACACGGCACGGAACACCUGCGCUAAAUAGAGCCAGCCAUUCCUCUGAAGAGAGGUUGCGUUCCUGUGCACUUUGAGACGUCAAGCGCCGGUUUCCUAGACAAGCCCAGGAUGCUGGGGAAGUCCCGUGUGGCUGGGAUGCACUCUCUCCUGGCUGUGUGCCUGCUUCUAUCUCUGGAACACGACAUGGCACGGGGUGAGACUGUGGUCAACAUGCGGAAGGUGACCCACCGGCCCGUGCAGGUGGCGCUGUCGGGCGCCGUUGUGCUUCCCUGUGUCUUCACCCUGCGCCCCAGCCCCUCACAUGAGCCCCCUCGCAUCAAAUGGGCCAAAGUGUGGGGCGAGCGCGGGCCAGGCGGCACGCACCGAGAGCAGUCCAUACUGGUGGCCAAAGACAACGUGGUAAAGGUGAAGAAGGCAUUCCAAGGACGCGUCACCCUGCCUGGCUACCCAGAAAACCGCUACAACGCCAGCUUGGCGCUGGCGGGCCUGAGAUCCAGCGACUCCGGCAUGUACCGCUGUGAGGUGGUGGUGGGCAUUAACGACGAGCAAGACACAGUGCCCCUCCAGGUCACAGGUGUGGUGUUCCACUACCGUGCUCCUCACGACCGUUACGCCCUGUCCUUCGCUGAGGCCAAGCACGUGUGUCUGGAGAACUCUGCGGUUAUUGCCACGCCCGCUCAUCUGCAGGCUGCCUUUGAUGACGGCUACGACAACUGCGAUGCAGGCUGGCUCUCUGACGAGACUGUGAGAUAUCCCAUUCAGUCUCCCCGGCCUGGCUGCUAUGGCGACAGGGAAGACUCACCCGGCGUGAGAAACUAUGGCACCCGUGCCCCCAGUGAGCUGUUCGAUGUCUAUUGUUUCGCUGAAGGUCUGCGAGGCGAGGUGUUCCACACCACCGUGCCUGAGAGGCUGACCCUGGCCAUGGCGUCCACUCACUGCCACAUGCUGGGGGCUCAGCUCUCCACGGUGGGGCAGCUCUUCCUGGCCUGGCAGGCGGGGCUGGACCGCUGCGACCCGGGCUGGCUGGCCGACGGAAGCGUGAGAUACCCCAUCAACCAGCCGCGGCGCAACUGUGGCGGGGACGAGCCAGGCGUGCGAACCCUCUACCACAACCCCAACCGCACUGGUUUCCCAAACACCACCAAUCUCUUCGAUGCCUACUGCUACCGAGGGAAGCAGAAUGAAGCAGAGGCACUCCUGCACACUCCAGAGGCUUCUAGCCUGAACUACACAGAUGACCGGGCACCGCUCCAACGAAGCAGUGCUCUCCCACAGCCCUCCACCUGGACCGGCCUGGUAGAUCUGGAGAAGGAGGAGUUCAGCUCCAUCGCAGACAACGAGUCCUCUGAGAUCUCUGAGGAGCAUGUGGUGAUCCAUCUCACACCUGGAGAUAGGUCAGGACACUGGGGAGGAGAAGCCUCCAAAGAAGCAUCUCCAACUGCUCCAGAGAACCAGAUAGAGCUCCUGGGAGGCUCGGCGAGAGAGGAACCCGACGAGAGCCACGUGUCCCCAGAGCCAUCUUUGGCCACACCAGCUUCAUCCACGCAAGCCCAAACCAGCAACAGCGUGCUCUUCAACUUUGUGAACUCCGUCAUGAAGCCCUUGGCGUACUGGACAGGGAAUGGACGCACAGAGGCCCCUUUGUCCGAGUCGAGCCUCACGAAGGAGACUUCAGAGGAACCCACGCAGAAGCCUGUCAGGGAACUUGGAGGGACUAAAGAAAGUACGAAUAAUGUUAUCCAGGAACCUCAAAAUGUGGAACCAUCGGCCAGUCCCUCCACAGCACACUCGGAAGAAGGGCUUUUGGAGCAGGAGAAGGAGAUGGUCCCGCCAGUCCCAGAACACCACAUGGAAAAUCCCAGCAAAGCCCAGACUGAGCCGUCCCUUUCGCAGUUGGUGCUGUCCAAUGGAGUAAUUGCGUCAGAACGGAUGGAGGAGACCAAUCCCACAGCUGCCACCCGCCCCUUUGGGUCAGCGAGGAGUUUUGACUCACCAACCAUGCAGGGAGACCACCAGCAGAGAUGGGCUUUCAAGUCUUUGAGAGGAUACGCCCUCCUGGACACCAAUGGCCUCCUCCUGACCCAAACCAGUGAGCCCAUGGAGGCCAAAAGGGCAGCGCUGGAGAUCAUGGCACUGCCGGUGUCGAGGGACAACCAUGAGAACUUCUCUGGGGAAGGCAAGGAUCUGAUCGACGAGAGCGACCUUCCACCCAAGGGCUUGCCUUCACAGUCCUUUCUGCAGCGAGGCUUUUCAGAGGAACACAAAGACACUGAAGGAAGUGGAGGGAAAGAAUUAUUUAACAGCAGAGAUCAGAUAAAACAGGCGACUGCGUCCAAAGACCAGGACAUGCUUCUGCAAACCACCGUCCAGUGGCAGCGUGUGCAGCUGCCAACUCAGCUGCCCCCCGAUACUGCCAGUGUCUCAGCACCCAGGCAGGAGAACGCAGGCAGCACAGCCGCCGAGGCCAGAGGGCAGGUCCUCCGUGUGCAUCGCCCCGCAGAACAAUCCGGGAGCUCUGCUUUAAACAAGGUCAUGAUGCCGUUGAUUACGAGGAAGCAGAGCGUGACUGUGCCCAGCACAUCUGAAGUCCAGACAGCUUACAUGGCCACCACUCUCGAACUCACGGAACAAACACCUAGUGACACUGCUGUGACAACAGUUAGCCACGUUCCAGCUACAGAAGACACAACAGGUGAAGAUACCGUGGCCACCACAGACCCUACCAUGACUGUUACUUUGCUGCCAGUGGUUCAAGAAGAGACUCAGGAACCAGAGACACCUGUCCCAACCACAGAUAUGACUGAAAUGGGACCUCACACUACUACUAACACAUUUCUACUGACUGUGCCAUUUGUCAAUGAAACUUCCCAGCGAGCAGAAUUCAGGUCAAGGCCUUCUGAAUCAUUUGUAUUGGGUCAUGGGACAACAUCUGGACAGGACUCUGUCGUCACCACGAGCCAGCCAUCUCACAUGACAGAAAGUACAGGUGGAGAUAACUCAGACCACGGCAAACCUAACCGGGGAAAUGGUACUUUGGCGGCAUCGGCUUGCCAGACGAACCCCUGUCUGCAUGGGGGGAGCUGUCUGAGAGACGGGCGGGGCUACAGCUGCGUCUGCCCCCUGGGCUACUCUGGGGAGAGCUGCGAGAUCGACAUCGAUGAAUGUCAGUCAAAUCCAUGCCAGAACGGUGGCACCUGCAUCGAUGAAGUCAACUCCUUUGUCUGCCUGUGUCUACCCAGCUAUGGUGGAGCCAAAUGUGAGAAAGACACCGAGGGCUGUGAUCAUAACUGGAGGAAGUUCCACGGUCACUGCUACAGGUACUACACCCACCGGCGCACCUGGGAGGACGCGGAGAAAGGCUGUAGAAUGCACGACGGCCACCUGGCGAGUGUCCACGCCAGCGAAGAGCAGGAUUUCAUCAACACUAUGAGCCACGAGAACACCUGGAUCGGUCUGAACGACAGGACAGUGGAGGAGGACUUCCAGUGGACAGACAACAUGGAUCUGCAAUAUGAGAACUGGAGGCAGAACCAGCCAGAUAAUUUCUUUGCGGGCGGAGAGGACUGCGUGGUGAUGAUCGCCCAUGAGAAUGGCAAGUGGAACGACGUGCCCUGCAACUAUAUCCUGCCCUACAUCUGCAAGAAAGGCACAGUGCUGUGUGGCUCCCCUCCCACAGUUGACAAUGCGUUCCUCAUCGGUCGCAAGCGUUCGCAUUAUGAUAUCCGCUCAGUGGUGCGCUAUCAGUGUGCGGAUGGCUUCCUCCAGCGCCACAUCCCCACAGCCAGGUGCCGGGCCAACGGCAAAUGGGAUCGCCCCAGAAUCCUCUGCACAAAGUCUCGGAGAUCCCAUCGCUACCGGCGCCACCAUCACAAGUCUCACCAUGAGCGCAGAAAGCACAGGAAGCAUAGCUCAGGGGGUCAUCGGGGUGGACAGGAGACUCGUGGCCAUUUCUAACCAAAAAAACCCCAACAACAACAACAAACAACAACAACAACAACCUUGCCUCUAUUUCCAAAAUGAAGUUCCCCUUGCUCCUGAUCCACAUACACCAUUCUGUCCCAUCACCCAGCGUCUGUCCAGCUCCACCCUAUGAGGGUUGGUGUUAGACCCCACACAGACUGCGAUUUUAAUUCUUUUGUCAAGUUCACUGUUAAGCUGUUUGUCUCUUUGCCUGCUCCAUGUCAUUUUAUCAACCUAGACAGGGGAGUUCAAUCAUACCUUUAGUGUUGAAAACUCUCUUUGGUCAUGUACUGUACUUUUACAUAAAAAGUUGUGAUUUGGUACAAAAGUGUAAAUAUAGUCCUGAGUUUCAUUUCAAAAUGCCAUAUCAGAAUUAGAAUGGCCAGGGAACUACUCUCAGUUAUGCUUUCAUGUUCCUUAGAGGGUAUUUCUUGACCUCUGUUGACUUUGGUUAGCUGUUUGUAAGAGAUUAUCUUAACUAAAUGGUAAUUCUGAAUAGGUCAUUGUGUUUUCACUGAGAGCCGUGGUGGUAAUUAUGAUUUUGGAAGAUUGCUCAGUAUCGUUUUGUCUUAGUGUUAACAUUCAUUUGCCACAGAGGUGACAUUAGGAAUAUGGUUGCAACUGAAGCCUUUUUUGUUUGUUUUGUUUUGUUUUUGUUUUGUUUUGUUUUUUCAUCAUUUCCUCCUCUUCAGAGUUAAGAAAAAUAAACACAGUUUUUGGCCAAACUUAGUGCAAUUAUUUUCAAACUUUCCUUUUACCUUAAGUUUGAAAUAUUAAUAUUAAUAACAGUUAAUUUGAGCUAAAAGCCCUCAAUUAUUAUGAUCCAAAUAUCAAGUUAAAAUCAUUUCACAGUUGCCUCAAACCUCAGCAUUUAAAAGUCCUCCCACUCAUAAUUUCCCUCUAUGCUUCCUAACAUUGUAUUUGAUUCUGAUUUCUUCAAUGUAUUGGUUUUAUCUGCGGAAAAGGGACAGCCGACCAGAAACUAUUUAAAAAAUUUUUUUUUAAAUGCCAAAAUGCCUUUAUCCUGCCAUUAUUUUACUGCAUUAACCUUUCAACAUGUCCUUCGAACUUCUGUGGUGAUUCAGUGUCAGAAUGAGGGCACGCUACUAGUUUGUCUUCUUAUUGGAAGCUAGCUGCUUGAUCAUAGUGCAAAUACACUGAAACUAUGUAUGAACUCACAGUCUACUGACCCUAUUUACAUGAAGUGAUAAAAAUGGGAUUUUCAGUUAACCUGCCAGUUGGAGGUGCGAGACACCUUGGCAGUUGUACCUUUUGAACCCUUGAAUGACAUUUUCUACCUAGGUUUGGCUAGAAUAUGGUUUUAAGGUUUGAGGCUUUGAUAUUGAUUUAAAUAAAUUGAUAAAAAAAAUAAUUAACGUAAAAUAAAAUAAUAGGUAAAAAUACCUACUGCCUAUUCCGUUGAGAUCUACUGUGAUGACGAGUGGGGAUUAUUGUCCCACUCGCUCACGGAGAAAUAGUUUUGUCAGCCCUUGUGUGUUUAAGAGAGUGAUACAGAGAAGUGUCCGUUCCUAACAGCGUUCAGCCCCAUAUGAGCCACGUCAAGCAGGCCCAGUGACGCAGGGCUUACUGUGACCUUUAGGAAGCAGCCCGUGCACCCAAAAUCAGCUCAUGAAAGCAGAGUAAGUAGUUGAGGAGGGGACAGACGAUAAGAGCACCUACACCGCAGACAGAGGGAGAAGGUCUCAUCCAGAUGGUGUUAUGCCAAAUGUCAAAAGGGCUCUUGGGGAAAAACUCAGAUCUACCAAGAAGAGUAACAAUUAAGGUCAUGGGGUAAAAACGCUUAGAGAAAACUUUUAUGAAAAUUGUCACGGGAGACACUUUUUUUAACGGAAACGGUGGCCUGUGCUCGCUGUGAUCUGAAGAACUUUUUUUGGUCUAUGUUUUUUUUUAAGUACUAACAGGUGCGUGUCCUGUUUUCCAAAAAGGGCUGUUGAUGGCUUACUGCAAUCAGGACUGCAGCGCCCCUCUGCCUUUCUCCCUGUCUUGCCACUAAAUAAAAAGGCCAAGCCCCCGUUUCUGUUUUAUGCUGGCGUUCUCUAAGGCCAACGCUGCUACUCUCUCUGGCUGUCUCCGUUCCCCUACAGAUUACACUUCACCCUUCAUUUUGCCUCCCUGCAGCUCUGUCAAAAAUCUUCCUCACUACCUUUAACCGCUUUGUCAAUGACGAGUACAAUAUAAGGUGACAGAAAAGAAUUGUCUUCAUAUCUGCACAAUUUAUCUUUUUCAAGCAUGCUUAAUUAAUGUUGAGGAUUUCUCCUCAAUCUCCUGAAGCUCUUGUCCUCUUUUUUAAAUUAUAACACUACAAAGAGGCAAGUCUUUUAUUCACUUUCAACCAAGCGUAUAUUCAGGGAAAAAUGGUGCGUCUGAGUGUAAGUUAAAUUAGCCUUACUCACUAUGCUAACAGUGGUAAUACUACUCUAUAGAGUAUGAAGAACUCAAAUGUAAACAGGUCUCUAAAAUGUAAUGGAAAUGAAUGAUACCUUGAAUAUAUACCUUGAAAAUUCAGCAGGCAUUACCGUUAAUGUCACUGUCACUAGACUGUCCACAGUCUAGCUAGGUUUCUGGAACACAUCCCCACGUAGGCAGCAUCUGUCUCCUAUGUUUCCACUGCUAGAGAGGAUUGGCUUUUUGUGGAAAAUACCUAACAUGUAAUGCAUAAUCAGCAGCUUUAUCAACAGUCUUUGUUCAAACUACCAUUUGCUUUGUUUCCAAACAGUGCCUGUUGGAAAAAAAAAAAAAAAAAAGUACUUUAUAUUCAAAAGCACACACUGGAGGAAGUGACCCUACUUAUUUACAUUGGUGUACAAGUUUGAAAAAUAUGGCAGUGGGAGCCACUUGAGAGGCGAGCGAACAACAGUGACCUCUAUUUAAUCUCUUCAUGUUAGCAUUGCACAUCCAUCAUCUGCCGCCAACUACACCACUUAGUAUGAGCAGUGUGUGGAGCAUAUCUCAUUCUCACCAUGUUAUCUCUGACCAGGGGAAAUGUUUCUGAUUGGAUGGUUUCAUAAAAGGGGGAUUAGCAUAACGAGGAAUGGAGUUUGGCCCCCUGUGGCAGUGAUUGUUCCAGACACAGCUGCUUAGCAUACUAACCUCUGGUGUUUCCCAUUUUUACCCAUAGGUCUACAUUUGAUUUUGCAGUUUGCCCUCUGAUCAGUGGAGGAUUCGACAUAGGCUCUUCCUUCUCAGAUAAACCUGGCAAUAAAACUGAGCUCAGCUCGUUUAAACAGAUUUUGCAUAUAGACGGUGUGUUUGGUGAUAGCUUUCUAAGAAUGUCAGAGAGAAUAGGCAAGUCAUCUGAGAUGCAUCAUCCCCAGCAGGGCUGGUGGGGCCCAGUAGGGACUGCCCCAGCUGUGAGAGGUAGUCAAAGCACUGGUCCUUGGUUUGGUUUCUGUUAUUAAUCUGGCUUUUCUGGUAGUGUCAAAGGAUCCUUGCCAUUAGCUCAAGUUUCCUUGGCAAUUAUGUAAAUUGUUUAAUACAGUGUUUUCCUAUUGGGAUUCAAAUUGUUGAUUUUCUAUCUAGUAGCGGUUAUGUUGUUCCAUUUCUACAAUACAGAAUCUUUUAGCAACUAAUUUCCAGCAAAAGAUCAGUUCCAGUUACUGUAACAGCUGAGAAGGUUCUGCUGAAAUACCAGCAGCCACUCUGAUGACGUACGAAGUGGCAGUCAUGACGAUCAGGCAUGCACCUCCAGCUUUAGGACAGUGUGGCACCAUUCCCCAGCUCUGCCAUGUGCAUACUCUGUGGGACUCUGUCCUUCUUCAUUCAUUUGUUUUGCUUUAUUUUUUUCCCCUUUGUAAUGACGUCUAGAUGUGUUUGUUGCUUAGAGUCAUGGACCUCAGUCACACAGCCUAACUCUCUAUCUGCACACAGUGCAAGAGAACAUAAUACAAACACAUCAAAAAGAAACAUUGCUUUGAUGUUUGCUUGCAGGACAUCUUAGUAGAAAUGGUAUGAUAUCUAACACAUUACAUUUAAACUUGUUUUCCUUCCAGCAAUAUUUCCCCACAAUAGCUACUAAGAUGUCAAGUCACACUGUGUGAAUGUGGUCCACAUGUACUGAUCAGUAUUUAUAAGUGUUCUUAUGACUUCUAGUCCUGUCAUUGUAUUAUAUUCUUUGCCUAAAAAAUGAUCGAU